CAGGCCAGCCGUCCCAAGCCUUGCCUGGUGAAUCGGUGAUGUUGAUUUUUUGAAGUUUGAUUUUUCCCCGUCAAGCACCACAAACAACCAAAACAGGGCUUCCUCUCGCACCGGUACUGCCAUUCCAUCUCACCCCCCCAAACCAUUAUUGUCUUGCAGCAGCAAUCUGUAGCCUUUUGAUUCCUCAAUCCACCCCGUCCCAACGCGUCAGGCACCCGACCGUCCACGCCAGAGCUUGUCGUGUCGUCCCGUGUCCGCAAUCCUCCCCUCAGGCGAAGCUUCUCUCGCAUCAUCGCGUCCCCCCAAGCAGCGUCGGCCACAGUCGUCCUUGGUCCCGCGACCACCGCUCUCCUGACACGCCUCGACGCCCUUUUCCCAUCCGUCCUAGCACCCACUCACCCACUCACCCACUCUCACACACAAAUAAACAAACAAUGGCUGGCCCAAACUUGCCAUCCAGCUUCGCUUCGGCCGCAGCUGGCCAGAAUUCCGGUCGCGACAGAGCCAGCACCCGAGGUGACUCUCGUGGCAACAACGGCAGCGGCAGUGGUGACUGGCUACGAAGAGAGGGCCGUUCUAACGGAACCGCCAUCCUCCGACGAUCGUCAACCACCCCCUUCAACAACCAAGCAUCUGCCCUUCCUGCGAUCGACAACCUGCUCAACAGCUCCGUGAACGAGCCUCAUCCUUCCUCUGUUUCCCAGUUCGCCCCGGCACAGGACACUGCGAAUGGUAAAUACUCCAGGCAUGACUUGUUGGACUUUGGCAAGAUGGCAGACCCAGGCAACGUUGAUCUACAGCCUUUGUUCAUGCCAAACUUUAGCCCCGGCGGCAAUGUCAACGGGCAAAAUACCAGGGGCUGGGGCAAGCCUAAUGACGCACAUUCUCACAACGAUCCCUCCGUCUGCUGGGACCAGGACGGGGAAUUGGGCCCACUUGGUCACCAGGAUAUGUCCGCCGAGGAAAAGGAGCUCUACACCUCGGACGUCAACUCUCCCCUGAAACAGCAGCAGCAAAAUCAGCAGCAGCAAAACCAGCCGCCGAAUCAGCAGAAUAAGGAGAGCGGCCAGGGUGCAGCCGUCAACGGGCGAAAACCCUCAAUGUCUCAUAAUCUGACCUCGCCCUCUGGCGCACCAAGGCCUGCAACCCGCCGCAGGGAGACCACUGACACCAACCCGUUCUCUGGUGGCGGGGGCCUGGUUUCGCCUACUGGCGCUGGACCGAGCCGGUUUGAGUUGUCCUGGCUGGGUAGGACUCGCCCAGACACGAGGGAAAUCGACGCGCCGGACGAAUCAAACAAACCUGGCGCUGCUACAGACACCGCGAGGCCGGCCACAUUCACCGGGCUGGCUCGCAGCAACACCGCAGGUGGUGCUGCUUUCCCGUCCGUGUGGGGCGGCUCGGCCACCACAACGCCCGUGACUGCCUCAGGUUUCGGUGGCUUUGGGAAUUUCUCCAUCGCCACCCCUGCCGCUGCCGAGAAGGGCUUCGGGGCGAGCACCGGCUCUCGCUUCUUCUCCCGGAAGGAGGAUAACGCCCCCCCGGAAGACGCCGCCGCCACCGCCUCGAAUGGGAACCAGCAAUGGGCAUCUCGUCCCCGUACCGACACGGAUCCUUUUGUGGGGGACGUCGGCCUAAGCGGCAGCGCUGCUUUAGGUGGUGCCCGGGACACAAGCCCGCCACCGAUGCCGACGACGGGACCGCAGAUCUUCGAUACGCCAGUCAAGGGUACUACGGGAGACUUUGGGAUGUCCGGCCUCAGCCUGGGAACUGGUCGGGACCGAAAUGCGUCUUCGGCCAGCCCAUCUCAGACCAACCCUUACCGGAGCCCCCCGGCAGAACGUGGUGACAAUGAGCAUGGCGAAUUUGGCUACGACAAGUCUCAGCCGAUCGGCGCCCAGUCCGAGCAAAACUCCAACUUUGGCUCAAUGCGCGGUUUCCCCGCCGCCGCAUUUGAGGGCAGUGAUCGCAGCCAAACUUCAAGCGUAGGUGCCAAGAACUACCCGUCCCUGGGUCACAUAGGGGGUUGGCCCACCGGGUUCCCCAGCGCGACCCCCGACCGCGAGCGCUCUGCCUUUGGUGGCGCUUUCGGGAGUUCCGUCUUCAGCCCUAUAGGCGGUGACAUGCACUCCCCUGGCUUGGGCAGUAUUGGAGGGCUGUUUGGACCAGGGAGCGGUGGCCUCGGAGGAACGGGCUCCCUCCGGAGCAGUAGCAAGAUCCAGUCCUUGUUCCCUCCUGCCAUGCAAGCCCAGAUGCAAAACCAAGAGACGGAAUCCCUCGCGGAUUCUGUCCCCGAACUACGACAGACCAACCCUCUGGGCGUUAUUGGGGCGGGCACAAUCGGCUCCCAGCGCGAUACCGACAGCCCUGGUCCGAUGGCAGGUCGAAGCCUAGCGGAACUCUUUUCGGCCCCCCAAUCGGUCAGCUCGCCUGGCCUGUUCACCACAGCCGAUCACAACCAGCCUCUUCUCGCCACUGCUCCCCAAGGGCAUCCUUUUGGCGUGUCUCAACAGGCGACCUCGUUCACCCCUGAUCCCUUACCUACCGGGCCUCCACAGACCCAGGCAAGAACUAUGGUCAUGCCCGAUCGUAUGCGAUGGGUGUACAUGGACCCCCAGGGCCAGCAGCAAGGACCGUUCACAGGUCUCGAAAUGAACGAAUGGUACAAAGCCAACUACUUCACGCAAGAUCUUAGGGUGCGCAAGGUGGAGGACCCGGACUUUGAGCCUCUGGGCCAACUUAUUCGGAGGAUAGGCAAUUCUCGCGAGCCGUUCCUUGUGCCUCAGGUUGGCAUCCCUCACGGUCCCGCACCGCAGGCCGGCACUUUCCCACCUGGAGGUGAUGCCCGUGGUGUGAUCCCACCACUGCUGGGCGUUGUCCCCAGCUACGGCAAGACCCUGACCGCCGAGGAGCAGAACAAUCUGGAGCGUCGCAAGCAGGAGGAGCAGCUAGCCAUGGCCAGGCAGAGGGAGGUGAUGUCGCAACAGGGUCACUUCCGUGGCGUGCAUACUGGGCUCCCGGGGGCUCUGCAGCACCAGGCUAGCAUGCACAGCUUGCAGAGUCAGCCGAGCUUCGGAAGUAUGACCUCGCCUAUCGGGAUGCCUCCCCAACCGCCCAUCGGCGGCGCAAUCGGCGCGCCUACGCCAGGCUUCUUUGAGCCGCCUUCAGCUGUCAACAAAGGCGCGGGCCUGCCCAAUGCCAUGAGUGCGGGGCCUGACCAUCUCCGACAGGACAUGACGGACUCAGAGCGCCAGUUGAUGGCAAAUUAUCACGGACCUGGUGGCGUCUCCGGUAUGUUCCCGCCUCAGCCUGUCGGUCCUCCUACAACAGACCUCAAGGGUCGACUUCCGAAUGUCGACCAGCUGGAGAGUGAUCCCGAGGGGUUCAAAGAUAGACUGAAGGAAUUUCAGGAAUACCAAGGCAUACCCACACAGCGCGCCGACGAGGAAGCCCAACUGGGCCCUUCUCCAAGUGGGCCGACCAAGGGACAGGCUGACGAAGCCGUCGCUGCGAAUCGUGCCGAGACUUCUCGGCUGAUAAAGGAGGCCGCUCAGGCACCUUCACAGUCGCAGCCCGAGUCGAAGCAUGCUGAGUCGCAGCAAAACCGACAGGCCCAGCCAACGCAGAGCCUGUCCCUGACCCAACAGGUGCAGAAGGCGCAAGCUGAUGCUGCUCAGGCCGCCCACCGACAGGCGCAGGAGGAAGAUGCAUGGGCAAAGCAGUCCGCGUCAACCGGCCUUCCGAUGCCGUUCCCUCCGCCCCCGUCGACGGCGACGCACCUGCCUGCCCCGACUGCCCAACGGCGGUCUAAUAUUGCAGAUCAAUACGCCGAGCCGCGCUCUCAGAGCCAAACUCCUGACAGUGCUACUGCGGCCCCGCCCCCUUUGGCUCCUUGGGCCCGCGACCCCGUUUCCGAUGCGCAGAAGGGACCCAGCCUCAAGGAGAUCCAGGAGGCGGAAGCCAAGAAGGCAGCCAAGCUAGAGGCAGAGCGCCGCGCCGCUCAAGAGAAGGAGGCGGCACUGGCCAAGGAACGCGAGAAAGCCAACCCAGUCGUACUUCCCGGGCUACCCACAUCCAGCACCUGGGGCAGCGGAUCCCCGGCUCCGUCAGUGUCCAGCCCAUGGUCCAAGCCUAGCACUGUCAAGGCCGGUGCAGUGGCGACACCCGUCACGCCCACCGGUGGUGAUCGCAAGAAGACGCUGGCCGAGAUCCAGCGCGAGGAGGAAGCACGAAAGCAGAAGGCAGUGAAGGAACAGGCGUCGCAGACAGCUGCAGCCGCCGGCGCCUCCAAUUUGGGCAAACGUUACGCCGAGCUUGCCAGCAAGACCGGGCCACCAGGCAUUACAACCGCCACCGCCGCCGCCGCCGCCGCCUCCUCCUCCCCCGCCAGCGCUUCGCCCACCACGGCUAGUGGUUGGGCAACAGUUGGGGCUGGUGGAAGGGUCAAGGUACCCACUGCGCCGGCGGCUCAUUCAUCCCAAGUCCAGGGCCCCACCCAAUCACCGAGCGCCUCCUCUGUUCGCUCCCCAUCAUCCCAAGCAAGCAAGGCCCAAGUCAAGUCGGCCGCGGCCGCAGCCAUCAAGAGCAGCAGCAGCAGCACUACUAGCGAAGCACAGGGCGAGUUCCAGAGGUGGGUGAGGACGGAAUUGACCAGAGGCCUCAACCCUGGUACACCAGUUGAUGAGGUUGCGGCGCUCCUGACUACGGGUAUCCCUCCCGAAAGCGACAUGAUUAAGGACAUUAUCUACGGAGUGAGCUCGACCAUGGACGCACCGCGCUUCGCCCAGGAGUUCAUCCGACGAAAGAAGCAGGCAGACAAAGGCAUAUUCGAGCCUGCCGCAGUCAGCGAGUCCAAGUCCGGGGCUGGUGCUGGGGGAUGGUCCGAGGUGGCCAAGAAGGGUGGCUCUACCAGCCAGGUCAAGGACACCGAUGUCGUCGGUGCGGCUGGCUUCAAGGUUGUGCCUGGAAGGAAGAAGGGCAAGAAAUGAGCUGAUCCCUCAGCGACCUGUACCUGUGUCCUUUGAAGCUGUUGUGUGAGGAUGCCAGGGAUCAUGGGUGCCGGUGAUGCGCUGUAAAAAUGCGCCGGUUGUUUUGAGUCUUUUGGUUGCGCGUGUGGGCCAUGGCUGACCAGGGCUCUGGAUACAAGAGCAAGGUUUCUCUCCGUCAAGACGGGGAUAGAGACGGGGGUAGAGACGGGGGUAGAGACGGGGGUAACAGUCGCAUUCACGGCCAAGAUCUGGCAAGUGUAGGCCCAUGAAGUGACGCAACGCCCGGCAACACACCCAGCAAACAGUGUUGUUGAUGAAAGGGAGUAAGCUUAGUUAGUCCCAGCGAUACACAGCCCUACACACAGCCCUGCUUCGGCAGGUUGGGCAAGGAAGCGGCGGUAGUAGUUACUAAGUAGACGCGGUAGAAUUGUAAAAGGUGCCUGAUGGCUCCCCAAACAUGUUCUUCUCCCGCCCAA